CGCGCAGCUCGCGGCACCUGGGCUCUGCGCUCCUCCUGCUUGCAGCUCCUGCUCCGCGGGUCGGCCACCAGGGUCCCGCGCAGCCCCGGAGCGGCGGGCGCCGAGCACGCUGUGCCGCCGACGAUCCCGACCGGAGCCGCGAUGCCGGGCACCUCAAGACAGUCGGGUCGCGAGGCGGGCUCAGCCCUGCUCUCGCUGCAUCAGGAAGACCAAGAGAAUGUCAACCCCGGGAAACUGGCGCCAGCCCAGCAGACACGGGCGCAGGCGGUGCUGAAGGCCGGGAACGUGCGGGUACCCGCGCCGCAGCAGAGGCUCAAAACUCGGAGGGUUGCACCUCUAAAGGACCUUUCUGUAAACGAUGAGCAUGUCGCUGCUGGUCCUGCAUGGAAAGCAGUCAGUAAGCAGCCUGCCUUCACCAUUCACGUGGAUGAAGCAGAAGAGACUCAGCAGAGGCCGGCUGAGCUUAAAGAAGCAGAGUGUGAAGAUGUCCUGGCUUUUAAUGCAGCUGUCUCUUUACCUGGAGCAAGAAAACCACUGACACCUCUUGAUUACCCAAUGGAUAAUAGUUUCGAAUCACCACAUGCUAUGGAUAUGUCUAUUGUCUUAGAAGAUGAAAAGCCAGUGAAUGUUAAUGAAGUACCUGACUAUCAAGAAGAUAUUCACACGUACCUUAGGGAAAUGGAGGUUAAAUGUAAGCCUAAAGUGGGUUAUAUGAAGAGGCAGCCAGACAUCACUAACAGUAUGCGGGCCAUCCUUGUGGACUGGCUAGUUGAAGUGGGAGAAGAAUAUAAACUCCAGAAUGAGACCCUGCAUCUGGCUGUGAACUAUAUCGAUAGAUUCCUGUCCUCCAUGUCUGUGCUAAGAGGAAAACUUCAGCUUGUGGGCACGGCUGCCAUGCUGCUAGCUUCGAAGUUUGAAGAAAUAUACCCCCCAGAAGUAGCAGAGUUUGUGUACAUUACAGACGAUACCUAUUCCAAGAAGCAGGUUCUGAGAAUGGAGCACCUAGUAUUGAAGGUCCUUGCUUUUGACUUGGCUGCACCAACAGUAAAUCAGUUCCUUACCCAGUACUUCCUGCACCUGCAGCCUGGAAACUGCAAGGUUGAAAGCUUAGCAAUGUUUUUGGGAGAAUUAAGUUUGAUAGAUGCUGACCCAUACCUCAAGUAUUUGCCGUCACUUAUUGCUGGAGCUGCCUUUCACUUAGCUCUCUACACAGUCACUGGACAAAGCUGGCCCGAGUCAUUGGUACAACAGACUGGAUAUACCCUAGAAAGUCUUAAGCCUUGUCUCGUGGACCUUCACCAGACCUACCUCAAAGCACCACAGCAUGCCCAACAGUCAAUAAGAGAAAAGUACAAGCAUUCAAAAUAUCACAGUGUUUCUCUUCUCAACCCACCAGAGACACUAAAUGUGUGAGAGCAACAGACUGCCGGCCUUUGUUUGAAAUGGGAGUUGCUCAGAGUUCAGGCUGUACAGUUUUUAAUCUUGGGUUUAAAUUUUACAAUCAUUUCUGAAUGUAGAUGGUAUAGCCACAGACAAAUUAUGGUAUCCAUUGCUUUUUAAAUGGUUUUAAUUUGUAUAUCUUUUGUACAUGUGUCUAUCUUAGAUAAUUGGAUAAUUUUAAUUGGUUUGUUAACAUUGGUGCUGCCAACUGUCAGGAUAAUAAGAAUAAAUUGAUUUGGAAAUCUUUGCAAGUCAAAGUUAAUUUGAGGUAAAAAUAUGAAUGAUAAUGUCACUUAGAAGCUAAUUUGAUUUGUUUUAUUGUUCAGUGGGAGGGACGGAAAAGCUUUUAUAAGCCUGAAAUAUUUCAGGGAAAAAGACCUUCAAAUUCUGGCACUGAUUUUGAUUAUUCUAAGCAACCAAACCAAAUUGCUGCCUUGAUCAUAAAUAACCAAGAGUAGACUAAUCUGUCUUCAGUGAAGCAGAACUCAUUCACCUCUCACAUGUUAUAGUAGUUGAUGGAGAUAUUUUAUUUGUCAACUUUUACAAAUAAGGUUUUACAUGAGUUGGGAGGCUUUUGUGCAACAGAAAGGUUUUCUAGAAAGUUUAUUCAAAGCAUAAUGUUAAAGACAAAAAAAUAGUUUAAUCAGUUCAAUAUCCAGAGCUGUUAGCACUGAGUAGUUUUAUAUAUAUAUAUGUAUUAUAUAUACAUACAGAAUCCACCACUUUAGCUUAAUUAGCAGUUCUCUUCUUUUUCCUCCUUUUCCCUUGACCUUUACUUGGUGCCUUUUGGUUUGCACUGGUCUGAGCUCUGUGAAUGAAGUAAUAUAACAGCUCACUGUAUCCAAUCUGUCCUGGAUUGGGACUCUGAAAGGUGCUCCCACUUUAAAGGGACCAGAAAUGUGUUACCUUAUUUUCUUUGGAUUCUUCUCUGGCUCCAAAAUGAUCAUUUCUUCUUCUUCACUAUCUGAUAGCACUAUAGGGGCACCUUUAGAAAAUUCCAAAAAAGGAGUUUACUACUUAACCACAUCAGAGGUCGUCCUAAUGCUCCCAUUUCCAUGCUGAGAGAGCUCAAGCUGUGUUGCCUGGACACUGAUACACUCUUUCCAAAUCGUAUCCUGUUUUUGUAAAGAUUUUUAUAAACCAGGGCAGGCCAUGAAAAAUGUAGAAAACUGCUUUGUUUGCCCAUUUUUCUCUUGAACAGUAGUUAUAUAUAUGUGUGUGUGUAAAUAAAGCAUGCAAAUUAACCCUUU